AUGUCUUCUGCUACAAUACUCGCUGAUCUUUCCGAAGGGGAACAGCUGGAGACUUUCCAUGGAGCCCCAUGCUUGUACAAAUUCUGCCUGGCCACAUCGUCGAACCCUCUGAUCGUUUUGAUACCUGGGGGAGCACACAAUGCCCGUAUCUUCUACGGAGGUCACGACACGCAUGAUCCAGAUGAGUUCUUAGCUGCGAGGCUCAACAAGCUCGGCCAUGGAGUCCUGGGCAUCUCAUAUCCAUUGGAAAGUCAGCCUGAGAUUAUGUCUGCAAACGCUCCGCACUUCCGAAUUUCGAUUGGGGCCAGCAGGCAGCAGAAGUGA